GGCAACUUCCUCUGUCGUAUUCUGAUGUGGGCAGACUCCAUCAGUCAAUUUACUAGCACAUUCUGUCUGACAGUAAUGAGCAUUGAUCGCUAUAUGGCUGUGGUACAUCCUAUCCGCAGUGCAAGGUGGCGGCGGCCUAGUGUUGCCAAGGUGAUAAAUAGCAUGGUAUGGGCACUGUCCUGUCUGCUGACGCUGCCAGUCAUCAUUUACUGUGAUGUUCAGCCGGAGCUCAACACCUGCAACCUCAGCUGGCCUGAACCGCGUGACGUGUGGUCAGCUGCUUUCAUCCUCUACACUGCCAUACUAGGUUUCUUCUGCCCACUUCUGGUCAUCUGCCUGUGUUACCUGCUCAUUGUAAUCAAGGUAAAGUCCGCCGGUGCACGAGCGGGUCUCUCCAAACGCCGUAAGUCUGAGAAGAAAGUGACAAGAAUGGUGGUGAUCAUCGUGGUGGUGUUCGUCCUGUGCUGGCUGCCAUUUUUCAUACUUAACAUCCUCAACCUGAUCAGCACGCUCCCGGAGAACGGCCUCGUCACCGGCAUCUACUUUCUCACCGUCAUCCUGACCUACGUCAACAGCUGCGCCAAUCCGCUGCUCUACGGGUUUCUGUCGGACAACUUCAAGCGGAGCUUCAAGCAAGUGCUGUGCAUCCACAGGGUCAACGGGGUCAGCGAGGUUCACCCU